CCCCGUUAUCGCUCCCUCCUUCUCUCUUCCAAUCACUCCCUCUCUCAGGAUCCUAUCUGGCCUCUCCCACUGCGUCUCUCUCCACCGUUCUCAGUCUCUGACCUUCAGCUAGCCUGGGACUAUGCAAGCCUGCCUGCCCAGGUCCUAUCUAACCCCAGUGAGAGAUGAGGAGGCAGAGUCUCAGAGGAAGGCCAGAUCUCGCCAAGCCAGGCAAACCCGCAGAUCCACACAGGGUGUGACCCUGGCUGAACUGAAGGAGGCUCAGAGGACCAACAGUCUGUCUACCCUGAACAGAGACAGACAGACAGAGGAUGGACGUAGCAGACUGACUGACAGGUCCUGUCUGCGGGGGAGAUGGGCUGCAGAGGACAGAGAAGAGACCAGGGCCAACCUGGCUCAGUCUAUGGAGACAGAGGAUCACAGUCCCACAUGGAGCAGGGAGAUAGACGAGUUUGGAAAUCAUAGAUCAAGGCUGGGGACCAUGGAGGCAGAGUAUUCCUCUGCCAGUGGGCCCUAUACCCUACCUUACACCUCCACUAACCUGGCCAACCGCACAUCCUCCAGAGUUGUUGAAUGGAAAGAUGAAAACCAGAACCCCAUUGAGGAUCCCUCCAAACAUGUCCUCAAUACAAGAGAGAAACAAGUUCAAUUCUGUGACCAAGAGUCAGAUGAAGCCUACCAGACUUUUGAGCAUGAUAGGGCAUCAAGGUUGUACUCUGGUGGUGGGGACAACAGGGCUGAACCCCUGGGCAGAACCAGCUCCUACACACGUAGGGAAACCAGAUUGGCAGCGCUGAACAAGCAGGAAGACGACACCAGCCCCAGGGAUUACAAGAAGAUGUAUGAAGACGCUUUGGCAGAGAAUGACAAGCUCAAGUCCCGGCUGGAUGACAGCAAACAGGAGCUGACCAAGAUACGCACCCAGCUGGACAAAGUUACCCAGAAACAGGACAGAAUAUAUGAAAGAUCCACUGUACUUGAAUCAGAGAAAAGGGAAAAACAGGCUCUGGAGAAGAGGGUAACAGACAUGGAGGAAGAGCUCAAGGUCUUGACAGAGCUUAAAUCAGACAACCAGAGACUGAAGGACGAGAACGGGGCUCUGAUCCGUGUCAUCAGCAAGCUGUCCAAGUAAGAGAUUGGAAGCCCCCUGUCCAAGUCACAGUAUACUUCCCUGAAGCUUGCAACGUGUGUCACUAUCAUUGGCAUUCGGCACCCUCCACCCUGAGACUGUACCAUGGUGCUCAGUGAUACCUACCUGCUAACUGUUCUCAGAGGCAUGGUGAGGAACCAUCAAACUCCAGAUGACCCCUGGCCUGACCCUUGACCUCCAUGAUCAUUGGCCCACUUCAUUCCAGGAGGUCAAAGGUGAGAAGAAGAGCACACAGCAUCCCACAGCGUCCGCACAAAGAGAGUGUUGAUCUGGGGUACAGUAAACUCCAGGGCAGCAAUCUCUAAACAAUAUCACAUCCACAAACAUAUGUUUAUUUUGUGCUUCAUUGUGCACUGCUGAAAAAACAACUGAAAAUACAAUCACAGGUAAAACUUUCAAUAAUCGUUCAUGAUAUUGAUAACAUUACACAUUGUCAAUUGUUAUGAGGUGUUUAUAUGAUUAGUCUUUAUGGUGUGUAGUUCAAUUGAAGUCCGAAUUUCCAUCACAGACCAUUUUCUCUGAGCUGCUCAUUAACCUUUUCCUGCUUUGAUUUUAGUGUGGUGUACCAUGGUCUCUGGAGAGACAGAUGUCACAUUUGUUGGAUAUUUGUAUAUAAUUUAUGAAUUUUUUGUUUAGAAUAUUCUUACUUAUACUCAACUAUUUUUAUCAAUAUAUUAUUAAUAUGUAUCUUCAAAGCAUUUUAUGAAACAGUACUAUUAGUCCACAUAGUGCCUCACAUUAUGAGCAUAUUUUUUUAUUUCAAGUGAAACCUGUACAUGAUUUGUAAUGCAGAUAGCACAGGGCACAACACAGGGCCUCUUUUUCACAGGAGGUCGGUGGCACCUUAACAGGGGAGGAUGGGCUCAUGGUAAUGGCUGGAGCGUAGUCAGUGGAAUGGUAUCAAAUACAUCAAGCACAUGGUUUGAUGCCAUUCCAUUUGCUCCGUUCCUGCCAUUAUUAUGAGCCGUCCUCCCCUCAGCAGCCUCUACUGCUCUUUAUGUAUACUACAUGUGCCUUUCCUGAAAGACCAAUACAGCUAUCUGUCUACACAUGUACUGUAAGUAUAUUUAAAGACGGUAUUUUACGUUGAAACAACUUUACCAUGUAUGUAUGUAUUAUAAGAGACUGAUAAAACUGAAAUGCUACUUGUACACAUGGCUGUGGUUUGAUCACUUGCUCAAUAAACUAUAGAUGGUUAAA